UCUCCCCGUCGCCGCCGCCGCCGCCGCCGCCGCACGCGCCCGCCGCGUGCGAGAAGGCUAGGCCGUCGCCACCCCCACGCGCGCCUCGCCCCCACGCGCGCCAUCUCCGGCUUCCGUCUGGCGGCAAAGGAACCGAGGUCCAAUCCCCAGCCGCAUCGCGAGAGACUCGCGGCACGCGCCGCUCAACGUCCCCGUCUCUUGGCCCUAACAUUCAGCUGGACGAGUUUCCCGCCCUGCUGCGUCGCAAGAGUCUUGCAGAAACCAAGAGACGCCCGACGGAAAAUGGAGCCGUGGACUCCACUGUUCGACGUCUUCCUCAACUCUCCGACGCCCGAAGCCGACGCGUCGCGGUGGCUGCAGGAGUCUUUCCCGUCGUCCUCGACCUCGGCCGCGCCCAUCACCACCGCCUCUUUCCUCUCUCUGCUCUCGAAACCUUGCGAUGCCGCCGUUGCCCAAGGCUACCCUUUUCCUUCGUCUCCUCCACCUGCUCAGACCAAAAGGGUUAUGUUCAUACAGACUUUGCCCGCCAUGGUGCAGUCGCGGAUUUUGUCGUUCCUCGCUAUCGAGCGCCAGAGGUUCUGCGCCAGGGGCUUGUCGAGCCUUGCCCGUGGCGUUUUGGGGGGUGGCGAGGAGGUGGAUUUUUGGGUGGCCAGGGCUGCCCGGCACCUGCUCGAUGUAAUGCCCGAGUCGAAUUAUGGGUGGAUCUCUCGAAUGGGUUUUGAUUCGGGGGAGGAAAGAAGUGGCAAUGAGUUCGAGUCGGUGCCGGCUUGGCUGAAAAGUGAGGCGGCUGCCGCUCGUGUACUUCUGCCCUGGCUUCCUGUGUCGCUGGAUGAAUUCAACUCGGCAGAGUCUUUCCCGGGCGGUGAGAAGAAUGAGGAGUUGUCGAGCGAGGCUGGAGAAAUUGAAGCGGAACCUAUGGAUGAAGAUGUGGAAGACAUUGAGAUUUGCGAUUCCUUGGGAGUUCCCCUAGAACCUGAAAUUCAGGACAAGGCAACGAGUUUGAGGGCUCAGAUUGCGAAUUUCGAAUCUACAAGCAGAACUGUUGCCUUAGCGAAUGCAAUCCGCGAAAUUUGCUUGGCAAAGGGGUUAAAUUCUGUUCGAGUUCUGGACUUGAUCGAACCUUGGAAAGCAGAUGACGAGGCUGCUUCAGUUCUGAUUUCCCACCUCACAGAUGGAAGCGAAAAAGAGUUUACUUGGCCAAGCCUUGUUCUCUGCUCCAUUAUUCUUCCUAGACUAUUGGUUCUUGAAGUUCGAGUAACUCGUGUGCUAUUAACUGCGACAAUAGAAUACUGCAAGCUUCAUCAGAAGGCUGCAGAAUACGCACUGUUAUUGCCGCUUGUCAUGCGAAAGGAGGGCAUAAAUAACCCUGUCUGCGAGGCUAUUACUAGGAUCAUCAAGGAAUGCUUGCAUCCAGCUCAUGUCACGGCCUUCUGCCACAAACUGUUGUGUGACGGGAAAAAUAACGAGAGAUUCGUAUGCUUACCCUCUCAUCAAUGCCUAAUAUCCCCUGAACUGCAUGCAGCUUCAUAGCUGAUUGGUCAAUUGCUAGAUAUCAUCGUGCAUACAUGCAGUCUUCUUCUUUGGAGCAGUUUUGCACUUUAGGCCCACUAUCCACUCUCAAAUGAGAAACAAUCAUUUAACCCCCAAGAAGUGACUAAGGUAUGCCAGAAUUAUGAUGCCAUUACUCGGAAUUUCUAUAUUGGUAAAUAGUCAACUGCAUGACCAUCUCUGUAUCUGGAUUUUGUCAAGAAACUUGUGGAAGUAAAAAAUCGUAUGCUUGAAUGAUUCUGACGACUAAUUCCAAUAAACCGUAACAAGUA